AUGUCCUCCGACUCGGAAAAGGCCUCCAAGAGGGUCGAGAGCCCCAGCCCCAUCGUCGAAACUGAUGGUGGUAACGCUGAUGGUCUUCAUCGCCGUCUCAAUAACCGUCAAGUCCAACUCCUCGCUAUCGGAGGCACUAUUGGUACUGGCUUGUUCAUCGGCAUCGGUGCCGGUCUGGCCAAAGGUGGCCCUGGCAGUCUCCUCGUCUGCACAGCUCUCUACUCCAUGGUCCUCGGUCUCACCAACAACUCGAUUGCUGAGAUGAACACUUAUAUGCCUGUCUCUGGCGGUUUCAUCCGUCUUGCUGGUCACUGGGUUGACGACGCGCUCGGCUUCAUGGUCGGAUGGAACUUCUUCUUCUACGAGGCUCUCCUGAUCCCCUUCGAAAUUGUCGCUCUGAACCUUGUUGUCUCAUUCUGGAGUGACAAUGUUACUGACGCUGGUCCAACUGCUGGCUUCAUCAUCGCAGUCAUCAUCGCAUAUGGUGUGUGCAAUAUUCUUGCUGUUGGUGUCUUUGGUGAAGCUGAGUUCUGGCUGGCCCUCGGCAAGGUCCUUCUGAUCUUUAUCCUCUUCAUGUUUACGUUCGUGACGAUGGUUGGGGGUAACCCCCAAGGUGACGCUUAUGGCUUCCGCUACUGGUCCAAUGCGCAUGACGCAUUUGCUACAUUCCGAACCGAAGGUGAUCUUGGACGUCUCGAAGGCUUUAUGGGUGCCUUGGCAUCCGCUGCCUUCUUUGUCGUCGGCCCUGACUAUAUCUCUAUGGUCGCCGCCGAAUCUAAGCACCCUAGCCGAUAUGUCAAGACUGCCUUCAAGACCUGCUACUUCCGUUUCGGUCUCUUCUUUAUCGGUGCUGCCCUGACUUGUGGCAUCGUUCUUAGCCACACUGAUGAGACACUCGUUGAGGUUCAACUUGGCAGCGGAUCCGGCGGCGGCACUGCUGCUGCCUCUCCUUGGGUCAUCGCCAUGGCUAACCUCGGUAUCGAAGGAUUGCCCCAUCUCGUCAAUGCCCUUCUUUUCACAACUAUCUUCUCUGCUGGCAACACAUACACAUACUGCGCGACCCGUUCCCUAUACAGUCUCGCCCUCGACGGACGUGCUCCAGCCUUCCUCCGCAAGACCACCAAGAGCGGUAUCCCUAUCUGGUGUUUCGCCGUCACCAUGGUAUUCCCUCUGUUGGCCUUCCUUCAGCUCGACAGCUCCUCCGCCGAGGCUCUGAGCAUCCUUCUCGCCCUCAUCACUGGUGGUGGUAUCGUGGAUUAUAUCACCAUGAACAUUACCUUCCUCUUCUACUACCGUGCUUGCAAGGCCCAGGGCAUUGAUCGCAAGAAGAUGCCUUACUUUGGCUACUUCCAGCCCUACUGUGCUUGGAUCGCUCUUAUCCUUCACACAGUCGUUUGUUACACCUACGGAUACACAUCCCUGGCCCCCUUCAACGCGAAGAACUUCUUCUCCAACUACACCAUGCAACUCAUCGCUCCCUUCAUGUACCUCGGCUGGAAGCUCUUCAAGCGUACCAAGAUCGUCAGUGCCAAGGAGUGCGAUAUUGUCUGGGAGCGACCUGUUAUUGACGCCUAUGAGGAGCGCGCCAUGAUCGUCGACCCCCCGACUGGCUUCUGGGAGGAGAUUAUUGGUCUUGUUGGCAUCAAGAAGAACAAGAAGAAGAACGCUGCUGAAGUCCAUGUCUGA